AGUUGGAGAUUUUUCAGGUCAUAAUAUGAAAAUGCUGCUGAUUUUGUUCCUCGUAAUAAUUUGUCUCCAUGAUUCUGUGAACCAGGAUUCUGGCCCUGAGUAUGCAGAUGUCGUGUUUCUGGUGGACAGUUCUGAACACCUGGGAGCUAAGUCGUUCCCAUUUGUGAAAGCAUUCAUCAGCAAAAUGAUCAACAGUCUCCCCAUAGAGGCCAACAAAUACCGCGUGGCCCUGGCCCAGUACAGCGAUGAGCUCCACGAUGAAUUCCAACUGAACACCUUCAAGAGCAAGAACCCCAUGUUGAACCACCUCAAGAAGAACUUUGAGUUCCUUGGCGGGUCCCUGAGGAUAGGAAGCGCUCUCCAGGAAGCUCACAGGACCUAUUUUUCUGCACCCACAAAUGGGAGAGACAAGAAACUGUUUCCCCCCAUUUUGGUGGUCCUGGCAUCAGCUAAGUCUGAGGAUGAUGUGGAAGAAGCUGCUAGGGCUUUGAGGAAUGAUGGGGUGAGAAUCAUCUCCGUGGGAACGCAGGGAGCUUCGGAGGAGAACCUGAAGGCCAUGGCCACGUCUCAGUUUCAUUUCCACCUGCGGACGGUCAGAGACCUCAGCACGUUUUCCCAAAACAUGACGCAGAUCAUCAAGGAUGUAACUCGGUACAAGGAAGGAGCAGCCAAUGAUGUCCUUGUAGAAGUUUGCCAAGGCCAUUCUGUGGCCGACGUUGUGUUCUUGUUGGAUGUGUCGAUCAAUGGCAGCCUGGAGAACUUUGACUAUCUUAAAGACUUCCUGGAAGAGAGUGUUUCUGCUCUUGACAUAAAGGAGCGUUGCAUGAGGGUUGGCCUUGUGGACUAUAGCAAUGAGACCACAGUGAUAAACUCACUGAGUGCAGGCAUAAAUAAGUCAGAGGUUCUCCAGAACAUACAGAACCUCUCUCCCAGGAUGGGGAAGGCCUACACCGGAGCUGCCAUCAGGAAGAUCAAGAAGGAAGUCUUCAGGGCACAGAAUGGCAGUCGGAAGAAUCAGGGGGUGCCUCAGAUUGCAGUGCUGGUGACACAUAGACCAUCAGAAGACAAUGUGACCAAGGCAGCUGUGAACCUCCGGCGAGAAGGUGUGACCAUCUUCACCAUGGGCAUAGAGGGGGCUAGUGAUGCCCAGUUGGAAAAGAUAGCCUCUCACCCUGCUGAACAGUACGUCUCCAAACUAAAAGCCUUCUCUGACCUUGCUGCCCACAACCAGACAUUUCUGAAGAAGCUGCGGAAUCAAAUAACACACACAGUCUCUGUCUUCUCAGAACGGACAGAAACCCUCAAAUCUGGUUGUGUGGAUACAGAAGAAGCUGACAUCUAUCUGCUCAUUGAUGGAUCAGGGAGCACCCAAGCCACUGACUUCCAAGAAAUGAAGACUUUUCUGUCGGAGAUUGUAGGGAUGUUCAACAUCGCUCCCCAUAAGGUGCGGGUUGGGGCUGUCCAGUAUGCCGACACCUGGGACUUGGAAUUUGUGAUCGGUAAAUACCCAAAUAAGCACGAUUUGAAAAAGGCCAUUGAGAACAUUAGGCAGAUGGGUGGGAAUACGAACACAGGUGCAGCCCUGAAUUACACUCUGGGGCUGUUACAAAAAUCAAAGAGGCAACGAGGAAACAAAGUGCCAUAUCACCUUAUUGUCCUGACAAAUGCUAUGUCCAAGGAUAGCGUCUUGGAGCCCGCGAACAGACUGAGAGAAGAGCUCAUCAAUGUUCAUGCUAUCGGGGUCAAGGAGGCCAACCAAACCCAGCUGCGUGAAAUUGCAGGCGAUGAAAGGAGAGUGUACUAUGUGCAUGAUUUUGACUCUUUGAAAGACAUAAGAAAUCAGGUUGUUCAAGAAAUAUGUGCUGAAGAAGCCUGCAAAGAGAUGAAAGCUGACAUCAUGUUUCUGGUGGACAGUUCCGGCAGUAUAGGCCCUGAAAACUUCAGCAAAAUGAAAACAUUUAUGAAAAACCUGGUAAACAAGACUCAGAUUGGGGCAGAUUGGGUGCAAAUUGGUGUCGUCCAGUUCAGCGACAUCAAUAAAGAGGAGUUUCCGCUCAACAGAUUCAUGUCCCAAAGUGAAAUUUCAGAUGCAAUAGACCGUAUGACUCACAUUGGACAAACCACUUUGACUGGAAGUGCCCUGACCUUUGUGUCUCAAUACUUCAGCCCUGCCAAGGGGGCCCGGUCCAACGUCAGGAAGUUCCUCAUCCUCAUCACGGAUGGUGAAGCUCAUGACAUAGUGAAGGACCCAGCAGUAGCACUUCGGCAAGAAGGCAUCAUUAUCUACUCUGUGGGGGUGUUUGGCUCCAAUGUUACCCAGCUGGAGGAGAUCAGUGGAAGGCCGGAGAUGGUUUUUUAUGUUGAGAAUUUUGACAUUCUACAGAACAUUGAAAAUGAUCUUGUUUUUGGAAUUUGCAGCCCCCGUGAAGAAUGCAAGCGGAUUGAAGUUUUAGAUGUUGUGUUUGUGAUUGAUAGCUCUGGCAGCAUUGACCAUGAUGAGUAUAAUAUCAUGAAGGACUUUAUGAUUGGCUUGGUGAAAAAAGCUGAUGUUGGCAAGAAUCAGGUCCAGUUUGGAGCUCUGAAGUAUGCUGAUGACCCAGAGGUGCUGUUUUAUCUUGGUGACCUUGGCACAAAAUUGGAGGUGAUUUCAGAGCUUCAGAAUGACCAGCCCAUGGGGGGCAACACUUACACUGCCAAGGCACUAGCCUUCUCAGACCACAUGUUCACUGAAGCCCGGGGCAGCCGCCUACAAAAGGGGGUCCCCCAGGUCCUCAUUGUGAUCACCGAUGGGGAAUCCCAUGAUGCGGAUGAACUCAACGCCACAGCAAAGGCCUUGCGUGACAAGGGCAUUCUUGUCCUGGCUGUGGGGAUUGCUGGCGCCAAUCUCGUGGAGCUGUUAGCCAUGGCGGGGUCAAGUGACAAGUACUUCUUCGUGGAGACUUUUGGGGGCUUGAAGGGAAUGUUUUCAGAUGUGUCAGCCAGCAUCUGCAACUCUUCAAAAGUAGAUUGUGAAAUUCAAACAGUAGAUCUUGUUUUCCUCAUGGAUGGUUCUAACAGCAUUCAUCCAGAUGAUUUCAAGAAGAUGAAGGAAUUUUUGGCAACUGUUGUUCAAGACUUUGAUGUCAAACACAACAGAGUGCGUAUAGGAGCAGCCCAGUUUAGUGAUUCCUACCGGCCAGAGUUCCCACUGGGACGUUUCACAGGUGAAAAGGAGAUUUCACUUCAGAUUGGAAACAUCAAGCAGAUCUUCGGGUACACUCACAUCGGUGCUGCCCUCCGAAAGGUGGGGCAUUACUUCCGCUCGGACAUGGGCAGUAGGAUCAAUGCGGGUACCCCACAGGUGCUGCUGGUCCUCACCGAUGGGCGAUCCCAAGACGAUGUGGCUCAGGCCGCGGAAGAUCUGAGACACAAAGGUAUCAGCAUCUACUCUGUGGGCAUUGGGGACGUGGAUGACCAGGAGCUCAUUCAGAUCACCGGGAGCGCGGACAAAAAAAUGACGGUGGAAAACUUCGACGAGCUAAAAAAGGCCCAAAAAAGGAUAGUUCGCAACAUCUGUACAUCGGCGGGUGAGAGCAAUUGUUUUGUGGACAUUGUGGUGGGAUUUGACAUCUCAACUCAGCAGAAAGGGCAGAGUUUGCUUGAAGAUCAGUCUUGGAUGGGAACCUACCUUCAAGACAUCUUACGUGCUGUCAGCUCCCUCAAUGGGGUAAGCUGUGAGGUGGGGACAGAGACUCAGGUUAGUAUAGCUUUUCAAGUGACAAAUGCUAUGGAAAAAUACUCCCCCAAGUUUGAGAUCUUCAGUGAAAAUAUCCUGAACAGCCUGAAGGAUGUAACAGUUAAAGAGCCCUCUCUUCUCACCACAAACCUCCUGAGUUCACUAUGGGAUGCGUUUCAGAAUAAAUCAGCUGCUCGAGGAAAGGUGGUUCUCUUAUUUUCAGAUGGAUUGGAUGAUGAUGUUGAAAAACUUGAACAAAAAUCUGAUGAACUUAGAAAAGAAGGCCUGAAUGCACUCAUAACUGUUGCUCUGGACGGAGCUGCUCAUUCAAGCGACCUGGACAAUCUUCUCCACAUUGAGUUUGGGAAAGGAUUUGAGUACAGGACACAGCUGACUAUUGGAAUGAGAGAUCUCAGGAGCCGGCUGUCAAAGCAGCUGGUCAAUGUUGCUGAAAGAACGUGCUGCUGUUUGUUCUGCAAGUGCAGUGGGGGAGAUGGCACAAUAGGAGUUCCUGGACCACCGGGGAAAAAGGGACUUCUAGGCCUUAAAGGCAGUGAAGGCUACCUAGGAGAAGAGGGUAUUAUUGGAGAAAGAGGAGCCCUGGGACCAGUGGGAGAGCAAGGUGAUACAGGGUGCUAUGGUGCCAAAGGUCCUAAGGGAGUCAGGGGAUUCACUGGACAGGAGGGAGAAGCUGGGGAAAGUGGAAUUGAUGGAAUAAAUGGAGAAGAGGGUGACAGUGGUCUUCCUGGACAAAAAGGAGAAAAGGGUGAUGAAGGAUCUCAGGGCAGCCCAGGGAAGAGAGGGGUUUCUGGUGACCACGGAGCAAAGGGCCUGCGAGGAGAUCCUGGAGCUCCUGGAUUUGACAAUAGCAUACAAGGACCCAAGGGCUUGAAAGGAGAAAGCGGAAGACAAGGUAGAAGAGGCUGGCCAGGCCCCCCUGGAACACCAGGCUCCAGAAGAAAGACAGCAGCUCAUGGCCGAAGGGGACAUACAGGCCCACAAGGAGAAAGAGGAGUCCCAGGCCCAGAUGGACUUGAAGGCUCACCCGGACUAAAAGGACCUCAGGGUCCAAGAGGAGAUGUUGGUGUGAAAGGAGAUAAAGGAAGUCUUGGGAGUAAAGGUCCCCAGGGGCCUCCAGGACCAGGAGGAGAGGAAGGGAGUCAAGGCCGUUUGGGAAGCCAAGGAAAUAAAGGAGGACCUGGAGACCUGGGGACAAAAGGAGACAUUGGCUUGCCUGGUCCUCGAGGAAUGCCGGGGGAUGAUGGCACUCCAGGUGGUGGCAGAGUUGGAACUAAAGGAGCAAAGGGCCCAGAAGGAUUCCCUGGAGAAAGUGGACCUAAGGGUGAGAUUGGGGACCCUGGUGAUCCAGGAGAAAUUGGACCCAAGGGAGCUAGAGGCCAAACGAUAUCUGCUGGGCUUCCAGGAGAGCCGGGAUCCCCUGGGGAGCCAGGACCCCCUGGACACAAGGGCAUGAAAGGGGCCAAAGGAUGGGCUUCAUUUUCCACAUGCGAGCUCAUUCAGUAUGUGCGGGACCACAGUCGAAAGCCCAAAUGCCCCGUCUAUCCAACAGAGUUGGUGUUUGCCUUAGACCUGUCCCAGGAUGUCACCAAGCAGGAUUUUGAGCGGAUGAAGGGGAUGAUCUCUUCCCUCCUGAGAGAAGUUAAAGUCCGGGACAACGGUUGUCCCGUGGGAGCACGCAUUGCUAUCCUCUCCUAUAACUCCCACACCAAGCACCUCAUCCGCUUCUCAGACACCUACAACAAGAACCACCUUCUCAGGGAAAUUGAAGCUAUUCCUUAUGAGAGCUCCUCCAACAGCAGGGACAUCGGCAAAGCAAUGAGGUUUAUUUCCAGGAAUGUCUUCAAGCGAACACUCCCAGGGGCUCACACGAGAAGAAUCGCAACGUUUUUCAGCAAGGGCCAGUCUGCCGAUGCCCACUCCAUCACCACGGCCACCAUGGAAUUCAGUGCCCUUGACAUCGCUCCCGUCGUCAUCGCUUUCAGCAACGCCUCUUCCGUCAGGCGUGCAUUUGCGAUCGAUGACACCGGCACAUUUCAAGUAAUAACGGUUCCAUCGGGGGCUGACUACACGCCAGCACUGGAAAGUCUCCAGCGGUGCACUUUCUGCUAUGAUGUAUGCAAGCCGGAUCCUUCUUGCAGUCAAGCCAGACCACCCCCUGUGCAGUCUUACAUGGAUGCUGCUUUUCUUCUGGACAGCUCUCGGAAUGUGGGUGCUGCCGAAUUUGAAGACAUAAGAGCCUUCAUGGGAGCACUGUUAGAUCACUUUGAAAUCACUCCCGAGCCCAUGACCUCCAUCACUGGAGACCGAGUAGCCCUGUUGAGCCAUGCUCCCCCUGACUUCCUACCCAACACUCAGAAGAGCCCCGUUAGAACUGAGUUCAACCUUACCACCUACAACAGUAAACGCCUCAUGAAGAGGCACCUGAAAGAAUCAGUUCAACAACUAAAUGGAGACACUUUCAUUGGUCAUGCCUUACAGUGGACUCUAGACAAUGUCUUUUUAAGCAUACCUAACCUGAGAAGAAACAAAGUCAUCUUUGUGAUAUCUGUUGGGGAAACCAGUAACUUGGACAAAGAAACCUUAAAGAAGGAAUCCUUGCGAGCCAAAUGCCAGGGUUAUGCCCUAUUUGUGUUUUCCCUUGGCCCUACUUGGAAUGACAAGGAACUGGAAGAUCUAGCCAGCCACCCUUUGGAUCACCACCUGGUCCAGCUUGGCCGAAUUCAUAAACCUGACCACAGAUAUGCUGUGAAGUUUGUGAAGUCAUUUAUAAACUCAAUCAGGCGUGCAAUCAAUAAAUAUCCACCAAUAAACUUCAGAACAAAAUGCAGUAGGCUCAGAUCUACAGAUCCAAAGCAGCCUCUACAACAGUUCCGAAGCUUUGUUCCUGGACCAUAUAAAGCCACCCUCAGAAAAGGUGCAUUACAGGAGGCAAACUUCUUUCAACAUAAAAAAUAUCUUUCAAGAGUACCAAGAGGCGGCAAAGAUGAUGCUGUUCAAAAUUUUACCAGAAGCAUAUCCCGUACCUUUAAAAAUGGAACAAAGGUGAUAAAAACUGCUUCCAAAUGACAUAAAGGGAGUGCUCAAACAAUUUAGCUUUAGGAAGCACGGUAAGACUUUGGACUUACAUAAUAACUAAAUCCAAGCCCAGUGCCUGAACCUUGGGCAACUUUGUAUUUCGCUAUCUGCCUGAAUCUGGAGGUCCACUCUGGAGUGUUGAACAAGUCACAGGUUGUAGGUUAUCAGGUAACCUGACUCCUUGCACUCAUUGGUAUUAAGAUAUAUCUUGCCCAUUUAUUUGACCACCCCUGACAAUUCUAGCACUCUUGACACUGUUAUGUUCAAGAACUGUUAUCAUUAGAAGAUGGAAGAGCAAAAGAAGUCUACUGGAGAUAUAAUUUGAAAGUAAAUUUUAAAAAAUGCAUUGAUGGUGUACAAGGGCCAAUGCUAUUUUUUUAACUAUAGGUCUCUUUCCAGUCCAUUUUCUGUAAACCAAGUCUUCUUCCUCAAUUUAGUACUGUUUAAUGUUCAUCUGUUUAACCAGAGGUAUUUUUUAAUGUUUUGGUCUGCUUUGACGUUUACCCUAAAAAUUGAUGCUGUUUUGUGUCCUAUUUUCAAAAAUAUGAACUUCUAUGUCUAUUCCAUUUAAAUGCACUGUCCCUCUGUGGACUGACCAGCCCUCGGAUGGGCUUGUGCUGACAGUUUCCUCACAUGUUCUGCAGUUGUUUGUUUAGACAUGUGAGAAGCAGAGGGUAAUUUUCCCCAGCUCCAAAUUCUCCUUAGCUCACCAAGAAACUCAUUAAUUCCUCCAGAACAUAAAUUAUCACUUUUGAGGUGGAAGUUCCCUCUUCAUUAUAGAGCUUCCUGCCUGGCCAUUUUGGUGGAUUUUUAUUUUUUCUUUCUCAUUAUGGUCAUUUAUUAUUUUCCACUAAUCCAUAUUUUCUUUAGACGAGCAAGCAAAGACACAACUUAUCAUGGGUGAAGCUCUAGUUACUCUUACUCAUCAGGUAGCUAUUUAGUCUUUAGUGAACAGCACCAAAACGGAUUAGCAGAGCUCCAAAAAGAGUUUAUAUGUACACUUACUGAGUUUGGAAAAGGUAAGAAAAUUGUAUUGUUUUAAUCUACAAACCCAUACAAGGCUGCAGAGAUGCAGAAGAGAUCAGAGUGAGCUAAAGCAGGAAAUGUCUUCAAAAACACCUAGCCUCUAGUAGCAUUCUCUGACAGCGCUCUCUCUCCUCACAUCCAUGCACAACACAUAACUAAUUCUCAAUCUUGCGAUGGGGCAUGUUCUCAACAAGUAAAUGCCAACAUAGCAUGACUGAAUUUAGACGCAACAUUAGGACCUUACCUGAAAUUCUAAGAGCUGGCUCCACACAUGGUAGCAAUGGCCCUGCUAGGCAGAGUAUCACCCUCUUGGGGAACAGGUCCUGCUUGAAUGGUCAGAUGAUUAACAACACUAAAGACCAGUAGGUGCAAUCCGAUCUUCUCUUUUCUAUGCCUCUUUCAUAAAACCUGGUAAAGAAGAGCCAUCGGCAGUAUUUCUUUUAACCACUUCUGCCAUCCAUACUCAGGCAACACCAUAGAUAUAGUUCUCAAUUAGUUCAGAGGAGCAAGAAUCCCAAAGAGUUAAACGUUAUACAUAUUCAUACUCAGGUAACAGAGAAGAAUAAAGCACAUCAGGUUUCUUCAUUUUUCCUAAGUGGUGCUUCAAAUUUCAAGUACAGGAAAUUGAUGAAUAAUAUUUAAGAAAUAUUUUAAUUAAAAGGGAUUUUUCUGGUUAACUUUGGUUUAAGCAAAAACCCCUUUCUUCUGUUUAUUUUUGGAAAUACUUUUACAAUGUAUUUGUCUAUUUUGUUCUGCAUUGGUAAGUAAAGUACACCAAACAAAUAUUCCCUUGGUGACUGAGAUUAUUUCAGCAUUUUGGGUCAGCUUUCUAAUCAUUAAUCUGUAAGGGGUUUAAAGCAUACUAAUUGCAAAUUGAAAUUCCUUUUUUAAAAUAAAUUCCCAAUAUUAGCAUUUUGGAGCCCUGGU